AUGGAAAGUGUGUGUUCCACAAGUCUCCAUGGAGAUCUUCGAUCUCUAGCACUCCGCCCGCUGUACCUCACUUCCCUACGCCGAAAAGGAGAUGGGAGAUUGCAGCACGAGCAAGAAGAUUUGAAGCAAAUGGAAUACAUUGCCUGCAAGGAUUUAAAAGCUACAGAGGAUACAGGACUGCAUUUCGAAUGCUUUAUCAAGGAAUAUGGAGACGAUGGGAGGAAAAAAGUGCAGCCAAAUAUUCAGGAAUGUAUCUGGAAAUGCGACAUCAGCGAGCAUAAUGGGGGAGGAUGCGACGGAGUCAACUACAACCCCGAGAUAGGGGAUUGUGAACUGGUUGCAAGUGGUUCCAGUGGCCUCGUCCCCGAGAGCGGUUGGUCGGCCUACUCAAGCCUCCACCAUCGGAAAUACAAUAUGGUAGUGGAGUGGGUGAAGGCGAGCCGUGGCGAAUACCCAUUCGGAGCCUUUGCGUGCGGGAAGACGUCCAGCGGAGAGAUCCUCUACGUGGGCAGGACCAGGAAAAAUAACUACUUCGGGCCAUGCAAGCUCCAACCGUCCAAGGCGGCCUGCUUCUUCCCAUUGGGGGGGGGUAAUCCGGUGGAUACAUAUGAAGUGCUGGUGAAUCUCACCAUGGGAUACCUAGACUGGGUGGCAGCAUCGCCUGUCCCAACAGGGGCCCUGAAGGGAGGACGCGCGAGCAAUGGGGAGGUACUCUUCAUCUGCAGGGCCUGGCUAAAUCAGGAUCAUUUGCACCAGAAUGGAGAUACAUGUUGGGUCGCGGAUGGAGGAAGCGAGAGUGCGAUCAAACCCUACGAAGUCCUCGUGGUCAAGACCGCCGGCCUCAAGUGA